AUGGCCAUGGAUCGGGCGAGGGAGCUUCUUGGAAAGUUCCGUGUCCUCCGAUUGAGCCCCGAGGCUAAGGAGCGGGCAUUGAAAGAUACAGCAUGGGCAGAUGGUCUACGAGGAAUUGCUGCGGUCUUUGUCGUCUCAUCCCAUCUUGUUCUAUGUUACGCCAGAGGUGUAGUUCCACCAUGUUGCGCCAAAGACAGUACUACCCCGUCCUUGUUCCAAAGACCCAUCCUUCGCCUAGUCGCCAGUGGUCAUUCAUGGGUGGCGCUCUUCUUCAUCCUGAUGGGCUUCGUCAAUGCGUUGAAACCGAUUCAACUGGCACGAUCUGGCCUGAUUGAUAAGGCGCUCAGCAAACUGGCCUCAGCUUCGUUCAGCCGCAUCUUCCGUUUGGUUCUCCCUGCCACCGCCGCGACUAUUAUCAGCUGGUUCAUAUGCAAUCUUGGGCUCUACAAGAUCUCCGAGUCAAGUGAUGCGUACUGGUUGAAUACUACAACACCGUUACCAAGCGAUGGCUGGCCACAAGCCGUCAAGGAUCUCAUGUCUGCUCUUCAAAGGACUUGGCUUUACUAUGGCGAGAACCCCUACGAUCAACCCCAAUGGGCUUUGAUUUACCUGCUUCAGGGAAGUGUCAUGAUCAUUAGUGCUUUGUCGCUUGUCAUAUCCAUGACGCCGCUCUGGCGAACAGUGACACUGGUCAUUCUAUCAUUGUGGUCAUUGAACUGGAGUCGAGUCAUCGGAGAUCCUUUCACGGGACUAUGCUGUUUCGCGGGCAUUUUACUCGGCGAAGUGAGUCUUACCAACAUCCCUCAAAGGGCUUCGGCAAUAUCACCCUAUCUCUCACCCCCUCUUAUCCUGCUUGCCCUCAUCAUGAUGUCGUACCCUGGCUCUUUCUACCAGGCCUCUGCCUGGUCCACCUGGCUCCACGACUUCGCUAUUCAAUACGUCCCGAGCGACAUCACCAAUACCGUCGAUCGUAUGUACGGGUCCGUGGGAGGACUCCUGUUGAUGGUCGGAGUCAUCAUCUCUCCUCACGCUCGCUGGCUUCUGAGCCGUCGACCCCUCCAGUGGCUCGGCAAAGUCAGUUUCGCAAUCUAUCUACUUCAUGGUCUCUUGCUGCGGACUGUGUUCGCGUGGGUGCUCCAUUUCGGUCAUCAAAAGCAGCCGAUUGCACAGUACACGCCAGAAGGGACGGAAGAUUUUGUCGACCGAUAUCCGGUUCCGGGGUUCUUUCAAUGCGCUGUGGCGACGAUUGUCUUGUUCAUCUGCAUUGCGGGCGCAAGUCAUUCCUGGAACGUCAAGUUCGAACCGGUCUUUGCCAGAAUCACCACCAAACUCGAGGGAUUGGUGACGGGCAAAUUCUAUCUCGAAGUCAAAUCGGAAGAGAAGAAUCUUCUCCCUCUACGAAAGGAUUGA